AUGGCCUCAAGACGGUUGAUUGAGAUGUUUCGAGGUCGAAUAAUCCGACGACUCGUAUUAUUCGCGAUCUUGAUAUGCCUCCUUUUUGCCGGACUCCAGCGCACCGUCGCUCCAACACGCCCUAUCCCUCCGACCCCCGCUCUGUCACCUAAUGGGAUCCCGAAUUUCAGACGUCAGGCCCAAUUCUGGAAUAAUCUUUACGAUCUACUAGAGUCAAACCCACCGGGAGUCGAUGCGCCGAAGCGGCUGAGGAGGGUAGGCGAAAUUAUUUUCAAGCCUGAUGCUAGCUACGCUCACCCAGACCUCCUCUACAUGCCCGAUCCAGACGUGGAGCUGCUGAGGAAAUCCCACCAGCAAGUCGUUCAGAAAAUCGAAGCUAAUACUGCGAGGCUGCGUCUGGUGUAUGAGGGAGGCAAGCGGGGUAUCGUCUCCGCUGCCACCAAAAGGGACCUCCCAACCCUGCUGGUAUCAUUGCGCAUGCUCCGGCAGAGAGGCACCCACUUUCCAGUGGAGGUCUUUAUUGCUUCAAAAUCCGAGUAUGACGACAUUGUGUGCGGGGUGAUACUCCCCGGGCUGAAUGCCAACUGCAUCGUGAUGUCCGAUAUCCUCGGAGUAAAUCCCACCUAUAACGUGGGGCGUUAUUGGCUGAAGUCAUUUGCAAUGCUCUUCUCCUCCUUUGAACAGGUUCUCUGGCUUGAUGCCGAUUGUUUCCCCUUGCACGACGCAAUCGAGAUAUUCCAGUCCGAGCCGUUUACAGAGAUCGGGUUGGUGACAUGGCCGGACUUCUGGGUGUCCAGCGCAUCUCCGUAUUUCUACAACAUCACUUCCCAGCCACAACCAUCCUUAUCAGAACGAGCGUCCACCAACGGCAGACAAUUCCUGAUCUCGAAGAAAACCCAUGCAAAAACCCUCCUCCUCGCAAGCUACUACAAUUACUACGGCACAAUGCACUAUUACCGCCUCCUCGGCCAGGGCGCGCCGGGCGAAGGCGACAAAGAAUCCUUCCUAGCCGCAGCCUCCGUCCUGAACCAGCCUUUCUACGCCGUCAGGGAACCAAUCCGCUCCAUCGGGCGCCUUAACGCCGAUGGCAACAUGACCGCCUACGCCAUGGUCCAGUACAGCCCCACGGAGGACCACAAACUGAUGAGUACUGGAAUCGAUCGUGCCAAGGACCCAAACGCAGCACCAGCCCCGCAUCCAUUUUUCAUCCAUGUCCCGAACUCCAAAAUGAACCCAGCCUCCAUCUUCAACGGCAAUUCCAGGAAGUAUUUUGGACUGGAUGGACCGAACGGGAGACCGAUGCGCGCAUGGGUUGAGGAGAAAGAAACGAUUGACAGCAUCGGUGGUCCCAAGGUGGAGCGCCAGUUGUGGUCCCAGGUGGCCUGGACGGCAUGUACCCUUGAGGAGAUGGAGUAUAAGGACUGGGCGCGUCAUAGACCUACCUGCACGCGAGCGAAUGAAUAUGUCGAUGCGGUUUUCUCGGAGGGUAAUAAUAAUACGCGCUGA